AUGUGUGACACAAGAAGGACAAACCCGCAUGGGGGCCUGAUUGCUGAUAGGGUGACUGGUGGAAAUGAUCGCCUGCGCUGCACAGAAUCAUUCACUAUUAGAACAUGGAAUGUGAGAGGAUUGAACAUUGGAAAAUUAGACAUUGUGAAAAAGGAAAUGGACAGAACUGGUGUCGACCUCAUGGGAGUCAGCGAGCUGCAUUGGGUUGGUUCUGGGGAUUUCAACUCGGGUGAGCACGUUAUGUACUACUUGGGUAACAACAACGAAAGAAGACGUGGUGUGGACUUCAUCACCAAUAAGAAGCUAGCAAAAUGUGUCGAAAAUGUCAGGUACAUCAGUGACAGGGUAAUGACAAUCCGCCUUAGAGGGAAACCUCUAAAUUUAACCAUUAUCCAAGUCUACGCUCCAACAGCAGAUGUAGAUGUGGUGGAUAUUGAGGAAUUCUAUGUGAAUGUCCAGAGCACACUCAACCAGACCCCCCAAAAUGACAUCAUUUACAUCAUUGGUGAUUUCAAUGCCAAAGUUGGCAAUGGGGAAGUCACAGGAGUUGUUGGCAGUCAUGGACUAGGAAAGCGGAAUGAAGCAGGUGACCAUCUUGUACUGUUUUGCCAAGAGAACAAAUUCCGGAUUGCCAACACUUUCUUCAUUCAACCAAAUCGCCGCCUGUAUACCUGGACAUCUCCAUGUGGUCAGCAUCGAAACCAAAUUGACUACAUCCUCUGUCAACAAAAGUGGAGAGGCUCGAUCCAAACAGCAAAGACUCUCCCAGGUGCAGAUUGUGGAACAGACCAUCAGCUUCUUGCUGCCAAAAUCAGAGUAAGACUCAGCAAGAUCAAGAAACCAAUCAUACAGAAUAAAUUCGAUGUGAGCAACAUUCCAAAACAGUACAACGUAGAGGUAAAGAGCAAGUUUGACAUUCUCAACAUUGAAAAUGACCACCCAGAUGAACUGUGGAAGAAAAUCAAGGAUAUCAUCAUUGAAACUGCACAGGAGUAUGUGCCAUACAAGAAACGAAUCAAAACCCAACCAUGGCUCACAGAGGAUACCAUCCAGAUUGCAGACAGGAGAAGAGCUUCCAAGGCUAUGGGUAAGAUGGAUGAGGCAAGGCGACUAAAUGCAGAAUUUCAAAGAGAAGCCUAG